GGGUCUUCUUAGUUAUCUCAAUAUACUGUAUAUAGUUAUUGUAUGGGAGGGGGGUAGUAACAGAAUUCGGAGGGGUGGGGGGAACAAGUCAGCAUUAAGUAUCAAUUUCAUCUUCAGAGUUCUGGAUUUCAUAAGAUACAUCUUCUGGAGUCUUUCUGAUUCAUCUCCUGGUGCUAUAUCAACAAUCAUUUGUCUGAGAAUACCAGUCAAUACCCAAUGCAAUGGUGGAGUCAUUCAGUUUCCAUCCAUGUCCAUCUUCUGCUGGAAUGUCAGGGUUUACAAUAUGGGCCAUAUGCACGAUAAGUGCUUUGUAGUAAGCUCUUGACAAGGUGGAAGAAGACUGAUGUCGGUUCCUUCAUAGUCUUUGAUUGUUUUAUGGGGUCUAAACUUCUAUUUCAAUUGGUUUAUGUGGUUUUGCUGGUGUAAGACAUUGUGGCUUAACAUAAAUGUUUUUUUAUUAUAUUAAUCAGUCUUCUUUUG